UCGCAUUGCAUGCUGGAGGCGACUCUGUACGCCUAAUCUGGUUAUCUUGGUACAUGACGCAGACUCUGGUACUCUGCACAAGAACAAACAUGUGGCCGCUGAUCGUCUUCGCCUCAGCUGUAUGUAUCUCCGCACAAGUCUACGACCCAACGUGCCUCGACAAGUUGCCGGACUGUGAGAGGUACGGGCACGACUCCUGCGUUGGGAAGUAUGCAGCCUGGGCCAGGGACAACUGCAACAACACUUGCAGAUACUGCAUAGGCCCCACCAAAGCGCCACCCCCGUGUGUUAACACUCUGGCAGACUGCGAGAAGUAUGGGACAGCAGCCUGUUCGAAUCCCACGUAUAAAGAUUGGUCGGAAAACCAUUGUCGCUAUUUCUGUAGAAAGUGUUCAUCUGAUGUGUUGGCCAAAUUGGACGCAAUAGUUACGACCAUGUCACCCGCAUUGUGCAAGGACAAGGUCAACUGCCGUGAAUACACAAAAACUGCCUGUACAGGACAAUACGCGCACUGGGCGAAAGAAAACUGUCCAGUCUUCUGCGGCCUUUGCACGUCUGGCCCUACCGUUCCCACGGUGUGUGCCGACACCAUCCCCAACUGCGCGCAGUACAGCAGCACCGUCUGCAGCGACUCCCACUACCUCCUCUGGGUGGAGGACAACUGCAGGAAGUACUGCGGACUCUGCCCCGGAGGGGGACCUGUACAACCAGUGACCCCUGGCCCCGGGGCCCCGACUGUACCAGCUAUCAUCACCCCUCAACCACACUUUGUGACACCGGCACCCCCGGGCAAGUGAUAGUUUCAAGGUUGCAAUAUCUGAUGCAAAUAAAACAACUUGUGAUGA